AUCUUAAUUGAAAAGAUUACACGGCUAUGAGAUAGACAAAUUCCAUGAACCGAACCAAACGUAUUACCAGUUGCCCAAAUCUCUCCUCCAAGUCUUCAAGAACUCGGGAUAGGGAGUUAGCAAACACUGAUGUGCUUCGAAAAAUCCAGAAGCAGUAUGAGUUAUGCGCUCCACUUCUCCUCGGACAUCCUAUCAAGCUGGCAGAUCUGUUUACUGCCGUCGUUGUUCGCGGUGGUUACCGAUCGGUUUGUGAUAAACGUCUGUGGUCUGACGUCGCCGAAGAGCUCAGCUUGCCAUCGUCAUGCACGAAUUCUGCUGUUGGAUUACGCUGCAUCUAUCAUCGGUUCCUUAUCAAAUUUGAACUUGAUGAAUAUCCUAACCUUGUGAAAAAUUAUCUCACCCAGUUGUACAGCGAAUUUUCACCCGAUCCAAUUGAGAAGGAGCUUCCCUUUAUACCCGCCAAUUCGAUUGAGCGUAAUCUGGGCAUCUCUCAUUCCGAUGCUUAUGGAACCCCGUCGUUACAUUCCAACUAUCAUUCACUCGUUGACCUCCGAAUUCCACAGAAUAUUCAGGAUGUUCCGCGCCUCAAUACCUCUUUCGAUAAGCUAUACCCCAAUGCUCUCGACCCAGCUUGUGAUUCCGAUCAGCUCUCCGCAAUCGCCCGCUCUUGUUUAAACGAUCCCCUCCGUUUGCGUGACCCGACUGAACUAGUUUUGGUUGAAUUAGCUCUUUCCUCCGGACUUCCGAAUGAAGUGGAUUGUGCGCUAAAUUCUCUCCUAAUUCUUUCCACAACUCCAUGCCCAUCCACUGGUUCAUCUACAAGCAUCAGGCUGCCACAAUGCAGGAAUCUGCUCAACGCUAUUUUGGCCACCGUUGGCAUUUAUACUGAUGGAUUGGGUUCUUUCGACAUCUGUGAUCCUGAUUGGAGGGACCAAACCCAUAUGGACUUUUUAAGGUUCUGGCAUAAUAUGGUCCAUGAACCUAGGGGUCGUUUAUUUCUGCGACCUGAUGUUUUCAUCAAUCCUGAUCCGGAUGAUGAACCAUCCACUUAUUCAUCUGCUAAUUGGACGGAACUAUUUGCUCCGCCGAUGUCAACUUCUCAUAGGUAUCGCUCCACUGUAACUGAAGAGGCUGAAGCAUCUCGAGUUUUCUUAGUUGCCACUCUCCUGGUAAAUUUGGUGACCCCAUCUCCUCUUCAGUCGAACAAGUAUUCUGAAGAUGACUUCGAUGACUACGAUUGUGAAAUGGCAGCUCAUCGCAGUUCCUCUCUGGAUCUCUCUCCACUACCUGCUUGCAGAGAAAAUUCGCAGUUUCUUGCAAGCAGCCCAACCGCUUUACGAUUCGCCUUUCUUUGCGGUUAUGCGCAUCACUCUAGUUUGAGACAACUGGGGCUACAAUUGCUCUCCAGUUUACGUUACCUGUUGGACCCACCUUCAUCGUAUUCCAUGAGUGUCGCAUGUCCAACCGAGUGGACUCCUUUGGUCGACUUCGGAUGCCGUCUUGGCCAUCUGACUCUCAGUUUCAUCAAUCAUUGCGUGCUGGACAGCCCCGAUCGAACGAGCUUACUCGGAGGGUUGCAUUUUCUUUCCAAUUUGGCUACCGUACCUGAAAAAGCGAAUGAACCCAGUCUCCUGGCCAGACUACAUCCAGUUAUUUGGCCUCGUCUCGCACAGCUACUUUGCUUGCCCGAUUUGGCUGUGGUUUGUGCUACUCUCGAAGCGCUCCGAUGUCUUACGAAUCUGGGUCAGUGUGUUUGCGCGUUUGCUUGGGAGGCCUGCCUAGAGUGGUCCGACUCGAUGGGUACCGUUCCUCUCAUCCUGUUACAACCGCUGCUUGCUUUGUUGACCCUGGAGGGUCAGGCUAUGGGAUCACGUUCCCUUCAUCGAAUCAAGAUCAUGCCGCGUGCUCUUCGUACAACACUCCCGUCAGCCCAUCCUUUAGUUCAACAGCGCACUGCUUAUUUUGGUGCGCCACAUCCUACGGAGUGGCACCGCGUGUCAGCCUAUUCCAAGAACCUCUCCUUUAAUGAAUGCUGUCCUCAUCCUACAUCUCCUCCUGUGUACCCCUCGUCACCGCAUCAACAGACUGAUUUUUCCUCGCGAUCGAUGAAUGCACUUCACUUGCGACCACGUGUCUCCGGACCCGCUAAAUUGCCUACACACAUUUCACAAAGUCCAAUAUCCAUCCCAGAAAUCACACCAACUCCUGUCCGUCCGUCAGGUUCAAUUCAGCGGCCGCCGAGCAGCAGUACCAAUUGCACUGGUCUUAUCAAUUUGCUGGCUUCCCUUGACCCUCCGUCAUCAGCUUUGACGUCCAACUCGUCGAUUCCGACACAGAGUGCUUCUUGCUCCACUGCUUCUGGUAACCUGCCUCCUAGCUGUCCUCCAAGUCCUCUCCACAUAACAACUUCUAGUUCAAAGACAUCUGGUUCUCAUUCCCCUUCUCCUAGUCUCUCUGAAUUGACCGAUCGUCUUCAAAUGCCGCCACCGUCUCUCCCACCCCCAUCCGCUCUUCGCAGGUCGGCAAAAUCGUCUCUAUCCCGCUGCUCUCUGACCUCCAGUUCACCAACUUCCCGUUCUACUAUACCUCUUCCCUCCAGUACUACCCAUUCCGCAACCACAACAUGUGCACCGCCCAUUAUUUCUGACUCAUUCAUUAAAUCGUCGACUAAUCCCUCCAUGUUGAGCUCCAAUAAUGGUGAGAAGACGUAUUGUAAUGUCACCACUGUGGCAUCUGAUCCCUCCGAACCGGCCAAGUUUUUUACCUCACAAUCCCGUACUGACUCAACCCUUAAAUCGACAGAACAACGUGACUCCCGUACACCUGCUCACCAUUGUACUCUUUCCAGUGGAUUUCACCGCUCUACCAAACUUGACGACAAGUUACAUCUUCCCAAUGGGUCUCUUAUGAUAGGCAUUCGCUCUGAAACCAAACUUGAGGCCGGUCAUGAAUACUUACGUCCGAAAAAGGAUAGCACCUUAUUUUUAACCUCUUCCCGUGUGAACGGGCUGCGACCUGGAAUUUUGCAGGCGGCAGUGGAUGCUUUGGAUGAAUCUAAAUUGGAUAAACUAUCCAAAUAUGCAAACAAUCAGGAAAGCUUAGUCAACGGAUUUUUGGCCGAAUCAAACACUUGUGGAACUGUCUUAAAAUUCAAGAAUGACAUUAGUUCUUCGCUGACGAAAUCACCAAGUGGCGUUGAGUCGACCGAACGGGUGCGCUUAAACGGCAUUGCAAAGUCACUACCGGUCUCUGCAAUGAAUGGGCACACAAAGGGAAAUGAAGUUAUCUUCUCUGGUGCAUGUGCAACUGCCUCUCCUGCGAUUUCAUCUUGCAAAGAUAGUAGUACGUGUUCGGCGACCAGUCUGACAAACGGAACUAAUGACGGCAGUGACAGCGGUGGCAGCAGUAGCGGUGGAAGUAGUGAGAGCAGCGGGAACGAAACCUCCCCUGAAUCCUUACGGCAUUCAUCGACGUCCCACAAUCGCUUUCUGAAACGCCGCCGCAAAUGGGGAUCCCGAAGCCGACUCUUCAAUCCGAAGCGUAAACGGGUCCAUACUCUCUCUGAUCCACAAGCUGACCAGUGCACUGUUUCUCUGUCUCCUCCAAGCGUUGACAAAGACAGUCUGUUGAAGCAACCACUGAAUCUGAGGCCACUCCCGGAUUCCGUGUUAGCUCCAAAUUGGAAAUCCCCAUUAUCCCCCGUUUCUCCAGUGGGCACUGGCAACUCAUUCAUUUCUAAAGUGACACCACCUGAUUCAGAUAAUACCACUUCUUCUAACUCGGGGAGACGAACCGAGUCUAGUCAACCAUGUGAAAGCCCUUCAGAUUCCUUUCCAGCUCCAGUUUCUGAAGUGCCAAGAACCCCUGCACAAGAACGCAUAUCCCACAGAUACGUUUGUGAAUGGGAAAAUUGUCAUGCUUGUUUUGAUAAGAAAGCUUAUGUUGCUACACAUGUUUACCAGAUCCACCUGGCCACUCUGGAUCGCACAAACAAAGACGGGACUCAUGCGAUUCGGCGCUGUUGCCACUGGCGCGACUGCCUAUCUUCAUCGCUUGCACGCGCUCCUUUCGCUUUGCUGACUCAUGUGUUAGAUGUCCACUGCAAUCCUGCAGAACUGGAAGCCCGCAAACAUAUGACCUCCUCUAUUCCCCCUGCUUCACCUAUCUGUGAUGUUUACCAGGUAGGUAAACACCCCGCCGCCUGGAAUCACCCAGAGCCUUCUGCGGUUCAAUCGCAACAUGGUCACUUGGUCUAUCCGGUGGAUCCCAACGCACUAUCUCAUGGCGAUCAGAGCGCUUGGUCCAUCGUCCGGUCGCUGGAGAUGAGACAGAUGCAACAUGAUAUGUGGGCUGCUCACUAUCAUUUGGUAUCGGCCAAUCCAUUGAUCAGAUUGCCGUUUAUCGCACCGUCUCAUCUUUCGUUAUCGCCACCACCUCGUGAGGGUCCAGUUACGAAGCAUUUACGGGUCACAGCUGCUUUGGUCCUUCGUAAUUUUGUUCUCUAUCUGAACGAAGCCAAGGAUUGGUUCGCCUCGGAACUUCCGCUCCUAUCUGAGAUCGCCCUGGGCUGUUCUCCAAGUGACAGUGGUUUGAAGACGAACGACGCUGGAUCUAUUGUCGCCCAGUGUUUUGCCCUUUGCUCCCGUGUUGGUGGUUCAUCGACUCAGCAGCCUCUCUCAUGUUCACUGUCUAACCCUCCACCAUCCUAUCAUCCCAAACCUGCGGCUCUCGUCGUACCACGAUAUCCUCCCUCCUCAGACCAACACCGAAGAUGCACAUCGUUACAACUUCAGUCACCGACACAUACUGUCGAUCUAGAUGCCAAAUCUACUUAACAGUGCUCUAUGCUGCCUUUUUUACUACUUAGUCUGGGUCGUAUCCUAAUUUGUAUACUUCAAGUACCCUUCGCAUGUUGUGUUUGUACAUCGUGGAUCUUACCUUUUCCGUUGUUCCUCACGUUAUCUUCUCCACUGUCCCUCGUGACCCACUCGUCUGUCUGUAAAGGUUGUAUGACUGCUUUCAACUCCUCGUUAUGCGUACAAACCUUUUGUUUUUGCAUACUUUUCUAUUAUCCACGUGUGUGUGCGUUUGCUAGCGUGCUCAGGUUCAGAACCCCUAUAGUUGUUACGUCUUCUUUGCUACGCGCACGAGAUAAUGUUCGCCAUGCAACGUCCAAUGGGGUUCACUAUUCCAGGUUUUUGUGCUGUCCUCCAAAUUUUUUAAAACCUAGACUCCCGCAUCUGACUUCUGUACAUUUAAUGUUUUCAUCACAUUUGCUUUUCUUGAAGCCACACUUCACAUAUGUACAGAUUGGGCUUCAUUUACCUCUCACUUUGUGCAUUCUUAACCUGAUCACGAUUCAGGGUUGUGUUACUGUUACCUAUUUGCUACUUUGUGAUGGGCCUCGUACUACACCACCACACGCAGUCCCCUGAGCUCAUGAAAAAUGAUACUGGUUAUACUGUGUGUGUGUGUGUGCUUCUUCUCUCUUCCUUUUCAUUCUGCCCAUGCCCACUCAUUGUCCUCCUACAUUUGCGGACGGCACGGAUUGCGCUGGAGCAUCGUCAACGCAAUUGUCCUACUGACUGGAGCGUGUUCACAUUUGUACAUUAUUCGUCUACUGUAGCGUUUUGUUUUCUCUCCCUCAUCAUCAGCACACCCACAUUUCUGCGCACAAUUAUUCAUGGAAUUAUUAGAUUACUUUUAAUUUAUUAGUUACUGAAUUUUUCUCCUGUUAAUGUUUACCUCAAAGCGACCGCACCGAGUCGGUUUCAUUUCGGACUCAACCGUGUUCAAGUACCUUUUUAUCAAUGUAGGACUAAAGUUGUAAAUUGGGAUACGUUUCUAAAUUGUUUUCACAUUUUUUUUCAUUUCUCCACCUUCUAGUGGAUGUGGUCUUCUAGUGCUUGUCAACUCGUUGGUUUUUCG